CCAUUCAGAAGGGCGAAACAUCAGCGGAAGUCGACACCCACAGGCGAGCUGCUUGGGAAGUGUCAACACGCGGUCGUCCUCACUAUCAGCUCUGCUGCAUGGACCGUUAGACUAGCGCUUUAGCACGCACCUUCGGACCUGAACGUCACCAGUGGAGGGACACACAGUAGCAGACGAUUCGUCCACACGAGCAUCUGUGCGGAGGACGUGUCGAGCUCAUUUACCCGUUGAGGUGUUGCAGCUUCUCUGUCGCGUUGUUUCUGGCUCGACGAAAGUCAUCUCAAAAGACUUGCACCAGGCGACCGGUCUACCCGACGGGAAGCCCUAGCCACACGACAUUUCAUUUCACAAGUUACUGUGCGCGCUGGUAUGACUUCUGUAACAAGCUCAUCAGACAGUUACCACUAAAACUGGCUACAGUUCGAAUUCCGUCUCAAGCCGUAUACGGUCUGCAGUUCCCUGCUCAGCUCACUCUUAAUAUCGGGAAUUCCGAAUUAGUGAGAGCACGUUGAAAUUCCAAGAGCAGCCAUGGUAGGAAUCAGUGUGUUUCAUUCUGUGCGGACCCUUAAAGCGCGCAACGCCAUGCCGAUAUACGAACGCGUGAACUGGAGUGCCGCACUGUAUAUGGAGACAGAAGCUGUACCUCCUCAUACAGCUCGCAACAUGAUGACAGCCAGUAGUAUCGGUGGGGAUCGUCCCAGCAGGCGAGCUAAGAGUGUCACUCUGGAAACACUCAACCCGUGCAUAAAGGAAAUGCAGUAUGGUAUUACGGGACCACUCGUGAAUCGUGCGUCGAAGAUCGAAAAGGAACUGGAAAAGGGUGUCAAGAAACCAUUUACAGAAGUUAUUAAAGCAAACAUUGGUGACUGCCAUAGCUUGGGGCAAGUGCCUAUCACAUUUGUUAGACAGGUGCUUGCUAUGGUUUCAUAUCCAGUGUUAUUGGACGAUCCCAGGUUUCCCUACGAUGUAAAAUAUCGAGUCAAAGAGAUCCUGGCUAGCUGUCCAGGUGGCAGUGUGGGGUCUUAUCCUGAAUCUGCUGGAACUGAAGUGAUCCGUAGACAUGUAGCAGAAUUUAUAGAAAGGAGAGAUGGUGCCCCAAGCUCUUGGGAGGAUAUUGUCAUGACAUGUGGCGCGACUACAGGCAUAAAGAUGGUGCUGUACUUGCUGAUAGGAGAAAUGAAUGGGAAAAAGGCUGGUGUCAUGACUCCAAUUCCUCAGUAUCCUAUAUACUCUGCUACUCUUUCAGAAUUUAACAUGGUGCAGAUACCAUAUUAUCUAGAGGAAGAAAGUUGCUGGGGCUUGGAUCUAGCUGAGCUGCAACGUGCCAUAGAUGAAGCUAGAAAAGUAUGUAACCCUCGUGCUAUAGUGAUUAUAAAUCCAGGAAAUCCAACAGGGCAAGUCCUUUCAAGAAAUAACAUUGAAGAGAUAAUUAAAUUUGCGUAUCAGGAGAGAUUAUUUAUUUUAGCUGAUGAGGUGUACCAGGACAAUGUGUAUGCAGAAGAGAGCAAAUUCUAUUCAUUUAAGAAGGUUAUGAUGGAAAUGGGACCACCUUAUAGUGAGAUGGAGAUGGCCUCUUUCAUGUCAGCAUCGAAAGGAUACUUGGGAGAGUGUGGACUACGAGGAGGAUACUGUGAGCUGAUCAACCUAGAGCCAGAUGUGAAAGCAAUGUGCAUGAAAAGUUUUACUGUCAUGUCAUGUCCUACUGUCCCAGGACAGGUUGCAAUUGAUUGUGUAGUCAAACCACCGCAGCCAGGUGAUCCCUCAUACGAACAGUUUACUGCCGAAAAGGAGUCUAUUUUAAACUCACUCAGUGUAAGAGCAAAGACAGUUGUAAACGUGUUCAACAGUCUAGAGGGGAUGUCCUGCAACAAAGUGCAAGGUGCCAUGUAUGCAUUCCCACAGUUACAUCUUCCUCCCAAUGCUAUAAAGGAAGCUAAACAAAAUAAUUUACCACCCGAUGCUUUCUAUGCAUUGGGAUUAUUGGAGGAUACUGGUAUCACUGUUGUACCAGGAUCAGAAUUUGGACAAAAACCAGGGACAUAUCAUUUCAGAACUACAAUUUUGCCUCAGCAUAACAAACUGAAGAGUAUGAUGAACAAAAUCAAGGCUUAUCAUGAUAAAUUCAUGCAGAAGUAUGGAUAACACAUAAAUUUCAGAAAACUAAUCACAAGUUUGACUGGA